CAACUACAACUAUUACUAAUUUAAGAAAUGGCUUUUACAAUUGGACGCCUGGAAGAGGUUACCAAGCGAAUAGAAUCUGCACUUGAAAGAGCUAAAUUAUCGUCUAUGGAAGACAACGAGGAAAGUAUGAACGCUUCCAAAAAGGCUGCAUCGCCUCAAAAAAGUUUGAACGUUGGCGCUCCACCUCCUCCAGGACCUCCUCCUCCACCGUUGACAAAGGCAAGUGCAGGUCAAGAGUCUUCGGAGUCUUCUACGCAUUCUGCUUUGUUUGCAGCUAUCAACGCAGCAGGAACCGAUAUUACCAAAAAUUUAAAGAGAGUGUCAAAACCAGAGAAACAGCAAGAUGAAGCUUCACAAGAAUCGAAAGACUCAACACAAGCUAAAGUCACAAGCAAACCAAAAGCUGUCUCAAAGACUUCACAACCUUCUGGAGAACCGAAAUGUUAUUUAAAGGAUGGCAAGACUUGGAACAUCGAAUAUCAAAAUUCCAACUACAAUAUUCAAGUCGAAGUUGCAGACAAGAAACACUCGGUUUACAUCUAUCGUUGUAUCGACAGCGUGGUUAAGGUGAUCGGUAAAUGCAACUCUAUCACUAUUGAUAGUUGCAAUAAGUGUGGAGUUGUAUUCGAAAGUGCUUUGAGCACUUGCACUGUUGUGAACUGUAAUUCGGUUCAGCUCCAGGUUGAGAAGCAAGCCCCUAGUGUAGCGAUUGACAAGACUGAUGGUGCUAACAUCUUUAUUCCAUCCAAUAUUGUUUCAGAAACACAGGUUGUCACGGCAAAAUCUUCAUCUAUUAAUGUCACUGUCACGAAUGAAGAGGAAGAUCCAGUUGAGUUUCCUCUGCCCGAGCAGUUUAUCAAUAGAUAUGUGGGUGGACGUUGGACAACCGAACCAGUUCGACAUGAGUGAAAUUUCUCUGCAAGGAAGCGUUUCGAAAUACUAAAUACUAGCGCAUAGCUUCUGGAAUAAAGUUUGUGUAUAUUGACUGUGUUAGUCAAAAGCACUAAGCCACACUUUUUGUACAACAAUAGUUGUUCUUCCCCUCCUUUUUGUCACUAUGA